UUAGUUAAAGUCACGUUGAAGUAAAUAAAAAAAUUAAAGGAAAGAUGGACCGAUACUUACAAGUUUUUAAAUUUUAACAAUAAAUGUUCUCGUUUCCCUGCGCCGCUGCCGCUGGAGGUGGCUUCGAGGAAAGUCUAGGGCGGAGGUAUGGUAAGCAGCACGGGAGGAAAGGUGGCCCUGGCCAUGAACCCCGUGGCUAGCGGCGAUAACCUCUGGCUCCAGGGCCUGCCGUCACUCGUGCCCUGCUGCGAGGGAAAGGAAUUGCAGAUAGACGAGGAGUGUAUCCGGUGCGGGUUGUCGGCGAUAUCCGUGCGCGAGGAGGCCACGCCGCGUCGCCGCGCCGCCCGCGCCGCCGCCGCCUGCUGCAGCGACACCACGCCGUCGACCCAGAAAGCGCUGAAGGCCCGCAACUCGUUCCGCUGCGUGCACCGGCCGGAGCUGCGGCGCGUGGCGGGGCUGCGCCACCUCUCGCCCGCCGACCUGCGCCUCGCGCUGCUGCAGCUCGCGCGCGAGGACCACACUCCGCUGCCCGGCGUCGAGUCGGCGGUCGAGGCGGUCGAGGCGGCGAGUUCGGCGAGCGCGCGGGAGGUGCCGGCGGGCAUGCGGCUGCACCGCGCGCGGCUGUUCACGGCGGUGCUGGCCGCCGCCGCUCGCCCGCAGAGCACAGAAGACUCGAGCACGGCAGACGACGCCCAGGACGAUGAAAGUCUUACAAACGAACGAGUCCAAAUUAUACUCCGACCCAGAACGGACGAGGAGCGUGCCGAGUGUCGCACGACAGACACUAUACCGACUAGCGGACCACCUGUGAGUCUGUGA